UCGAGGUGGCGUUGUCGACUUGCCUUGGCGCAAGUUAGGGUCAAUUGUGCAUUCUCUUCACCGUCCUAGAGCUACAGUAGUGUAGCUAGCUAACUACAAAGCCAUGAGUAGCACCCACACCACCAGCCACGACCACCUUCACGGCGGGGACUCGUCCUCCUCCAAUAGUGGCAUCAGUGUCAACAACGACAAGAGGCAUCCGUCCUCCAUGAUCGAAGCGAGGCGGGCCAGACGUCGGCAUCGAAGCAAGAUCAAUCAGCGCAAGUACCGCGCAUGGCAGCGCACAGCCAACAACCAGCUCCAGCACGAUGUGAACGAGCUGCAGAUCCACACCAAGCGACUCGAGUCCCAUGUGUUGGCGCUGUACAAUGGCGAGCGGUUCCACGCCGAAGAAAGCAGCGUGCAAGAGUAUUUCCGGCUCUUUUCCGCUGGCUUUGACCGGUCCGAGCGGCAACUGACAUUUUUGCGGUACUUUUUCGCUCCCAACGUGUGGUGCCUUGGCCAGCAUGGCGACGUCGACAAAGUGAUCGACCUGUGGGAACGCAUCACAGCUACGUUUGCGUCGCUCCGAGUCGAGUACCAGCACAUCACUGGGAUGUUUAGCCUUGCCGACGAAGUGAGCAUCCAAGCCAAGGUGCUUGCCCACUUGAAGAUGGCUCCCAGCGCCAUGGACGUUGUGUUUCCCAACGUCGUGAUGCGCCGUCCAGACUUGGCGCGCAAGUUAAAGGGGCAAGUGCUGGUGUUGCCGUUACACGUGACGUUCAUCUUCGACGCCACCAAGCGCGUGGUGCGGGUGGACGUCGACGCGGACGUGUUCUCGGCCCUAUUGGCGCACUUGGAAAGUGUCCACGACGUGGCAGUCGCGUUGGACGGCGCCAACUUUCGCCUCGACGCAAUGCACCACAAGAAGGAACAUGGCGUUCCCUGAAUAAUGCAACCAACUAUUUAUGGAA